AUGGGACCUAAGCAUCUCUAUUUUAACUCUAUCUAAAUGGCUAAAGAAGGUGAAAGUUAUUUUUCUAUGAAAAAUAUUCCUGAAAGUAUGGAAAAUACUUAAUAUCCUACUUAGAAUGAAGAUUUAAUAAAAAUUGAAAAAGGUUUAAAUGCGAAUUAAUGUCAAUUGAUAUAUGAGGACGUGUAAAAAUUAACAAAAGCAGAUAAUAGUUUUUAAUUUACAGAAGAUGCUUUACAUUAGCUUAAUAAUUAAUGUCUAUCAAACACGAUUGAGCUAAAUGAAGAUAAACUCUAUCCUAGCUGUUUAGAAGAUGAAAAAAUAUAAAUUAAUGAAGAAACUAACAAAAAGUUUGUAACCAAAUCUUCAGUGUCAACUAGCUAAAUUUGCUGUAGUAGGAAAAAAUACAGUAGUGAUUUCAACUCAAGUAGUGUGAUUAAGAAAUAUCUAUAAUUGAAUAAAUAAGAUCAAAAAAGUAAAAUUUCUACCUUUAAUAUACCAAAUAUGUCUCCAGUUUGCUAGAGGAUUGUUUAGUAUUAAGAAAUGCUGUAAUUUGAAAAGGUAGUUAUUUCAAAUAACUUUGAGAUAUCCAAAAAUGAUAGCAGACUUUAGUAGUUGAAAACAAUAUAGGAUGAGAGAAGAAAAAAAAUAUUCUUUAAAAAAAGCUGGCUAUAAAUUUUAUAUUACAUAGGGAAAAUGAAAAGAAUAAUGUGCUAAACGAUUUUAUUUUUUAGACCUCACAUGUUGAGUUAAUGGCAACUAAAAAUAAUCAAUGAUGUCGCUAGUGAUUUUACAAUUUAGCAAUCUUCAAUUUAGAACUCAACUAGAAACUAAAAUUAUAAGCGUAUUAUCAAAAGAUAUAAUACACACUUCAUGAAGCAAGCAAACACAAUUACAUAUGAAGAGAGCUAAGAGAAAGAUUUUCAUUUAAGCAUAAUUACUAAAUACUUAUUUGGCGCUUUUAUCUUAGAUGCUGUUAGUAUUCUUUCUCUAUUAAACUUUUUUCUCCCUUAUGAAUAUGUUAUUCUCUUAUUCUUUGUUAAAAUUUUUAACUUUUCAAAAAUAAUUAACAAAAUUUAAGAGAAACUUGUGCUGAGCAGUGCAUAUACUUCAGGAAUAGUCUCAUUUGUCAUUUUAUUUCUUAAAGCUCUCUACUUCUGCCAUAUUUUUUCUUGUGGGUUUCUUAAGCUUGGACUUUAUCAAAUCCAAAACGAUAAAGGAUGGUUAAUUCAUUACGAAAUAGAUAGUGUCAAUAGAUGGACAUAAUAUCUAUAUAGCUACUAUUUCUCUGUAAUCACUAUGACAACGAUUGGAUAUGGUGAUAUUACAGCUUAAACUGAGAUAGAGAAGUUUUUUAUGAUCUUUUUCACAAUCAUAUCUUGCGGAAUUUUUGGCUACACUAUAAACUCAAUAGUUGACAUAGCUCUUUAAAAUAAAGCUAGAAAAUACCUAGAGUUUGUUAAUUCUGAAAAAUUUUCUGAUAAUUAUGUCUCAACCGAUUCUUCUCUUUCUUCUCUCUCAAGCUACCUUUAAAAUGAAAUUAAGUUAAACACAUGUAAGAAGGUACUUGAUAAAUUCUAAAUCCUUACUUAGCUAUUUUCUGAGUAAUUUAGACAAAGUCUCUCAUCAAAAAUGAAAGAAUUAGAACUUGCUCCAGAAUAAUUUAUUUUCAAAUAAGGGUAAUGCAUUGAGCCAGCUAUUUAUUUUAUAAAUUGUGGUGUGAUAUAAAUAGUUAAUGAAAAAUGCAAUACUUCUAAUAAAUAAGAAAUCUAAUCUUUAAAACAUGGAGAAAUUUUUGGUAUUGAAGACUUUUUUGGAGAAGUAAAUGAAAAAAAAUUUAGUUUUAAGAGUAAAGAUUCAUCAAGCAUGUUUUAUCUAACUUAGUCAGACUUUUAAUAAGAACUAAAAAAAUAUCCAGAUUAGGUUGAAGCUUAUUGUUAUUUGAGAGAUUCGAUUUAGUUUAAUUUUGAUUACAGUAAAAUAUCUAAGCCCUGCUUUUCAUGCAAAAGAUAUACUCAUGCUCUAAACAAAUGUCCUUACUUGUUUUAUGGAACAAACGAAAGCAGGAUUAUAUAAAAUUAUAAUAGAGAAAUAGGCUAAAUAGUUAAAGCCUUUGAGAGAAAAUCAUUCAAUAAAGUAAAUUCAUUAAGUAUUGAAAGAUAUGUCAAGUAAAAGGCUGAUGAGUUUUUAUUAUCUAAUUAAAGACAUUAGAUGAUUUAAUCAAGAAUUUAAUUUUCUGAAUUAGAAUUAGAUUAAUAAGAUGAUGAAACCUUUCUUGCAAAUUGCUCUUAAAUGGGGUAUAAAGAUUUUCAAUUAAAUAACAAUCAGCACUUAAUUGAAGAAUAAAUCGAAUAGUCAUAACCAUCCUCAGUAUUCAAUAAAUUUCCUAGUUAGUAGUUCAUACAUAUGAUAAGUACUAAAGAUCAAUAGAAAAAUGCAAAUAUAAAAACUUUUGAUUCUUCGAAAUUUGAAGUCGAUAAUGUACUGACACAAAUGUCUUCAUCAAAAAUAAAUAAUAAGGAACCAUACGAAAAUGCCUAAUUGUAUUAUUUUAACUCAUAAAAUUUAAUUAAGACAUUAGACAUAGACGCAGAAAUGAUGGUUAAAAAUUAAAUUAAAUCAAAUAGCAAUAUAUAGAAUGACUUUACCACAGUUUAUGAAAAAUCUUAAAUUCUUAUUUAAUCUCAAUUUUCUAAACAGAAAUCAUAGUAAUAAUCUGAGAUGUAAAAUUCAUAAAACAGUUCGAAUGCUUAUUAUAGCAACUAAUAAAAUAUUAAUGGUAAUAGUGGUGUUUUACUUAAAUUACCUUUGGGAAAAUCUAAUGCAACAUAAAAAAAAGAAAAAUCAAAUAGCAUAGAAUAAGUUAUUUCAUUUGGGAAUAUCCCCUAUUCUAAAACAUAAACGUUUAAAUCUUAAUCAAUUUAAGAUUAAGGAGGCUUAGGAUUAUUUUAUCAAGCAACUUAAUAAAAUUUUACUGAAUUAAAAGAAAUGAUGUACUCAAUUAUGAAUUACUUCUAGCAUUAAGAGUUGAUUGGGAGUGUUAAAAAAUAAAAGAAAAUAUUUGAAGAUAAAUAGAAAGCAAAUUGGUCAAUUAGCCCUCAGCUUAUUGGAGAUUUAGAUCUUGAUUCUUUACACAAUUACAAGACUUACUUUCCCAACUAUAAUAUUGACAAAGUUAUUAAAAAGAUGAAGCUUAAACUAGCAAUUGCUCAUAUGAAAAUUAAUUAAAAUUCUCUAGUAUAAUCAGCUUAAAUUAAAAAUUCUUAAAAAUAAUUUACAAAAUAAUAAUUAAAAUGA